UCGACCGUCUUCCGGUGUAAACACAAGGCUGCAGUUAGAAUAAAUUCGCCGAAAACUUUAAAAUAGCGAUCCAUUAAAAAGCCUAAAUUAUUAACAGUAUAUUUACGCACUAGGUUUGUUGACUGUUGUUCUAUACGCUGAGUGCAUGAAGUAAUGGAAGGACCACCGCAGCUACCACCUGAACUUUGGGUUUAUGUGUUUAGCUAUCUUAGCACAGAGGAAAAACACACGGUUCGCUCCUGCUGCAGGCACUUAAAGAAGCUUAUCGACCACCCAUCCCUAUGGAAGGACUACACUGUGGUGAUGUCCGAACUUCGCCGCUACACUUACGGCUUCUGGCACACAUUGAAUUAUCGCAAGCUCACCCGGGUGGCUGUGCGACACCUGCGGCGAAAAGAGUGGCGACGUUUGGUAAAGUUCCUCCCGUCGCUCACUGCCAUAGUAUUUGUAGAUGGCGGGCGACAAUAUAAAGAGAAAUACAUGGACAACCUUGCCCGAUUUCCCAACCUACGGGACCUCGGGGUACGGAACGCUACCUGGGAUGAAGCGUUGCUUGGCCACAGCCUAACGGAGCACCUUCAGGAGCGCCUCACACACCUGAGCGUGUGCAACGUGCGGCUGCCCAACACUGUGGAGUUCAUCAAAACUGUGUCCCAGCUGGUCAACCUGCGCUUCCUCCUUUUCCACCAGCAGAGUGAGGGUUACGGGCUGGACACGGUGAGGCCUGUUCCCCGCAACGACUUCCACGCCAUGUUGCUGAAGCUGAAGAAGCUGAUCCACCUUUCCUGGGGGAUGAAGGGGGAGCCACCAGAACCGCUUCCUGACGACUACUUGAGUCCACCGAAUCCAGAACAGCCAGGAAUGUCUUCGUACGGCGGCCCGGCGCUGACCAGUCUGGAGCUUGUGGACUAUCCAGAGACUAUCCUCCCUGAAAAUGCUCUGAGGAGUCUGACCUCACUUCGGUCUCUUGCUGUCCGCUACAGGUACAUCAGAGAAGGGAUUGAGUGUCGACUCAGGUCCUGGCUGACCCCUCUGCGACAGUUGGAGUCACUCACCAUCAUCGGUGGGAACUCCCUUGCUACUUAUACAACCACCAUCCCACCCAGUGUGACCAGGCUGACACUGCGAGUAGCUAUAACGCUGAAAGACAUGGACUCCAUUGCUCCUAAAGUUCCAGGACUGGAGCACCUGGACAUUGAGCAGAACCGUUCUAGUGGAAGCCUCUGCAGACGGAUCCCCAUGCUAUUUCCUCAUCUCAAGACUCUUAGGAUACGAUUUUUCCGCCGGGAGCCAGAGAAAGAUCUCCUUAGUCUCCACAAACUGCGACACCUGGUGCAGCUGGAGCUCCUGGUUGAGCGCUCCUUCAUUCUGAGGGAUUACCUGAACGGCCACCCGUGGCCCAGCCCCUGUGUGCAGGAGCUCAUCAAUGAGCUUCGGGAUCUGUCAGAGAACAGGAUCACUGUUAUCACCACAAUGCGCCAGAGAAACCUUUUAAGAGAGUGUGACUGUUUGUGGGAGGGGGACUGAUCUGCUUUAUAUAGGGCAAGACAAGAAGCACACGGUUCAUAAAGUGCAAUACUCAAGGACAGAGUCAAAAAAAAAGUUCAGAGGUGAAAGCUGCAGUGGUUGCCAGUUUUUCUAAAAUAAAACAUUUGGAUUCUGUAUGUACGCAUUUCUUAAUAAAUUGACAUUCAUAUCAGUG